GAACGCAUGCAGGAGGCAUGGAAUGCGCCUAUCUAUGCCUUCUUCAGGCCAGAGGUUCGGAUUGAUCGUUCAAAGGGUGCUGCCGCGUACGAGUUUCGCUGCGCUGCACCGAAGUGCGGAUCACCCGUCCGUCGCGCCCUGGAGACGCAGGACAAGACGUCAACGAGCAACCUGCGUAGGCACGUCAAAUCGUGUAAGCACUGGGGGGAGGGUGUCCUCGACGAGGCCGGCAAAUACAAGACAGCGGCUGAGGCACGCCCUGUGGUGCAGGCUUACCUCCGCACUGGCUCGUUGACGGUGUUCUUCAAGCGCUUGGGGAAAGGCAAGCUGUCGUUCUCUACGCGUCAGCACACAUCCAAGGAGUCCAGCAAGCGUCCAUACGCAAUUGUUCGCGAUCGCGGCUUCGUGACGCUGAUGAAGACUGGUCGUCCGGAGUACGCUUUGCCGUCUCCAUCGACUGUAUCUCGGGAUGUGAAGCGUGUCUUCGCGCGCGUGCGCCGUCGCAUUGCCAAGAUGCUACAGGACUACGACGGAAGCCUCAGCUUCACCGUAGAUGCAUGGACCUCACCUAACCAUAAGGCGUUGGUCGCCUUCGGGGUACACUUGACUCACAAAGGUACUCCAUUGAGCUUCUUGCUCGAUGUUGUCGAGGUGGCCAAGUCGCACACGGGUGAGGCACUCGGAAAGGCCUUC